UGUAUAGAAUAUGCGCAGAAGUUCUUACAGGAACUGAACUAUACAUAUUUUGCAGAUAUACACAAGUUAUACCUCAUACCAUAUAUUAGUAGUAUGAACAAACGUGAAAGCAUCGACUUCUUAUAAUAUAGUCUAUUUAAUAUCUUACAGUUCGGAUAUCAUAUCGAGAGUUAAUAGUGAUAUUUUCAAAAUGCCAAUAUGUAAAGUGUCAUUGCCAUUGGUUGUAGGCGUUGUCCAUCCUAAUAUUGGCGGAUGGGUUGGUGCUUAUUGCGUAAAAAACAAUCUACAUCCAUGGUAUACGUCUUUGAAAAAACCAUCUUGGACACCUCCAAAUUGGGUUUUUGGGCCAGUAUGGACAACUAUAUAUAGUACAAUAGGUUACUCUUCUUACUUAGUAUGGCGAGAUGCUGGAGGAUUCAAAGAAGCAGCCCUUCCACUUUCAAUAUAUGGUGCUAAUUUAAUUAUGAAUUGGGCUUGGACACCUAUCUUUUUUGGGGGACACCAUAUUAAAUUGGCAUUAUAUGAAAUAAGUCUAGUAUGGGGAACAUCAGCAGCAAUGGCAGUAGCCUUUUAUCAAGUGAAUCCACUCGCUGGAUUAUUAAUUAUUCCUUACUUUGCAUGGUGUACUCUCGCGACAGCAUUAAAUUAUGUAAUUUAUAGGGAUAAUCCACAAAGUUCAUUGGAAGAUAAGAAGGAAUGAAAAAUAAAAAUUUAAGAACGCAGGGAAUAGCUUGUUGGCAGACUAUUAAAAGAAAAAGAAAAAAAAAAAAAAGAAAAAAAA